AUGUUAAAAGAUGGAAAUUUCUUGUCAUGUGCAUAUUGGUGACUCUGAAUUGAUGUCUCGAUAGUAUGGGCGAAAUUUGUACUAGAGCGCUUGCAAAUGAGUUUUUAUGUCAUUUUUAAUUGCUUCGAACAGUCGAGAAAAAGAUUAUAACAUUUUCAAAAGAUACUUUUUGAUUCCAAAGUUGAAGCUUUGGUAUGAACCCCUGAAUAUAAUCAUAAUUGCUUAUUUUAG